AAAAGUUUAAAAUAUUUUUUCAUUUAAAAAAUAAAAAAAAAUAAUUCAGUAAAUUUUUAAAAUAAUUCACAAAUAAUUUUCAAAUUUUUGCAAAAAUUAAAGUUGCAAAAAUAAAAAAAUCACGCAAAAAACUCCAAAAUUGUGAAUUUUUUUAUCUAAAUGUGAACAAAUCGCUUGGACAAUUUACAAAAUGGGAAAAAGUUUGUACAUUUUAUCAGCAAUCAACUCACUAUGCUGUCUAUUACUGAUCGUCUAUCAAGUUCCACCAUUCCUUGAAGCAACUGAUUAUGUGUCGAUUUAUAGAAGGAAACAAUAUGUGAUUGAGACAUCAAAACUAAUUGCUUAUAUUCUUGGAUUUGCUGCGUACCUGACACUUGGAUGCUAUAAGAGCUGCUUUGACAGAAUCCACACAAAUUUCAACCUAAAAUUCUGUGCUGCUUCACUAAUCCUAACAUUUGCUGUAACCUACGAUGGAUUCAUGAAUGAAAUUUACCACUACUUAGCCUACGGUGCCAUCAAUUUCCUAUGCAUGUUCCUAGUUUAUAAUGAAAUCAUGAGAGAAUGGGAAGAAGAAAUGAGAGCUGAUCAAUACAUCGACGCAAAAAGUGACAAAUAUGAGAAAAUUAAGAAUGAAACUGAUUGUGUGUUGGACAUUGGCGAGGCUAAACGGAGAGAAGCUGAAAUGGUUUAAAUUUAUUUUUUUUAAAUUGAAUAAAAAAAGGUUUUUCUUAAAAGAA